AGGACUUAUUGUUUAGAGACGAACAAAUCGCUGAAGAAGACAGGUCCCAAGACCAAGAUGAUCAACCCGCUCAACAAACCCAGGCCGGAGAAGAGGAUGAGGACCCGGUCAAAUGGGUUGAGGCUUUCGAAAGAGCUGCCGACGCCAACAAUUGGACCUUGGCAAGAAAAAUCAAAAUCACAUCAGGCCACUUGAUGGGAAUUGCCGCUAGUUGGUAUAAUAACCAUAAAGACGAUUUCUUUCUCUGGGAUGAUGAAAUCAACCCAGAGAAUAGCUUCGUUCAAGCUUUCAUCAAAUAUUUUGCAACCCCGAAAUGUAAGCAUCAAUGGCAAGUGGAGCUAAAUACAUUAAAGCAGAAAGAAAAUGAGAAGGUGGAUCGAAUGUUCUUAGGGGGCCUUCGUGGUAAAACGGCCGCAUUAAUGUCUGUAGAAGACUUCGAAACGUUGGAUGAAGCAAUUGCGAAAGCCCGAAAGAUUGAAGCUGGGACCUACUAUAAAAAUAAAGAUAGUAAGAAUGAGGCUACCAAUAAGCUUAUGGAUGAUCUAACCCAACAAAUGCAACAAAUGGUGGCAAACUGUAAGCGAUUAACUACCGCCCUUGCUGCUAGAAUCGAAAAUC